AUGGCGAUGUCUGAAGCUGAUUUGAAAUGGGUCGAAGGGGUUAUAACUAGAAUCGGUGGUCUUUACAAUAAGAAAGGAAGCAAUAUAAAUAGUGUAAUGUCGUACGACGAAAUAUUACGGGUACUCGCGUAUACAGCAGCUGCACUUAUGCAAGAUGCGCCUUUGAUUGAGGAUAUGCAUAAGUUAUUCGACAUUAUUGGACGUGUACCUGAGGUGAAGAUGUUGUUCCUUGGCGAUUACGUGGACCGUGGAGAUCAAUCGCUUGAGACCGUGCUGUAUUUGUUUGCGUUGAAGCUUCGUUACAAAGAUCGAGUGUUCCUUCUGCGCGGCAAUCACGAAACACCAGCCGUUAAUAGAAUCUAUGGAUUUUAUGCGGAGUGUUCAGUUCGAUAUUGUCCAGGACUAUGGUGGGAAUUUAUAUCCGUAUUCAAUCGACUUCCAAUGGCCGGUCUGAUCGCAAGACGUAUUCUCUGUAUGCACGGCGGUCUCUCGCCCGAACUCACUUCGUUGGAUUUAAUUCGUCAAGUUAAACGACCAUGUGAACCAGUUGUAGUACAAGACGGUUACGAGCUAAUGGUCGGUCGUAAGUUAAUCACCAUUUUUUCGGCACCCAACUACGCUGGACAAUUUAAUAACGCCGCCGCUGUCGUCUGUAUUGAUGGUGAGCUUCAGGUGAGUAGAAAUUAUUCGAUUUCGAAAGGAGAUCUCCAUUUGUUUGUCUCUAAUGAGACUGCUCUAAAGUAG